AUGGUAUGGGCGGUUGGAUGGACAACAUCUGUGACGGAUCUCAGGCGGCUUGCCUCGCCGCGGGUGCGGCUUCACACGCUUGGAGAGUGCGUCACGUCUGGCGGCCGUGGGGGACGUCAUGGUGGCCACGAGGCUGUUGCGGCGUUUUCCAGGCCAUUACUUCAUGUGGGCAGCAGCACAGAAUGUUUUUUUUUUUUUUUGCCUUGUUGGCAUUCGCCGAGCGCUUGCCUCAACGCUUUGGUGUCUGCACAGAUAAUGCCGCAUUGCGGGGUGACGCCUUUGAAGAGUGGGGGUGUUGCGAGACCGUGCACCUUGACGCGGGAAUUGGGCGGGGCAUUGUAUCUUGUUGGCACCGACAGUGUGGAUGCGCUUAUUUUGUGCGUGCUGCCACAGGGCAACCCCGCGGAUGGGCCGUUGCGUGGUAGAGCUUUCGGUUUUGGUGGACUGGCGAAGGGGCUCAACUUGGGAGGGGGAUGGAGGGACGGCUCGUGUGAUUGCGGGGCCCUAAAGGUUGCCGCUUUAUGA